AUGAGCAAUAUCCUCGAGACCCUCGAUGCCGGCCUCACCGGCCUCUUUGGCCAGUGGAAUGGCUACUCGACGGGCCUGGUGACGGUGCUUGUAGUCGUCCUCGGCUACCAGAUCCUGCGCGCCGCCGAUCCCGACGUGCACCCUAUCCUGCUGGCGCGCCAGUCGACGCCCUCAGCGGUGCGCAAGGAGGGGGAGAGCGCCGUGUACCGAUCGCCGCUAGCACCGCACGGCAUGCCGCUCAACUCAGGGCUCAAUGUCAAGCCGGCCGGCGCCUCUAAGUGGGCGCGCGGCCACGACGGCGACCUCCGCGACAUCUGGCGCAAGGUCGUCCAGGGCGGCAACGCGGGCGCCAAGGGCAAACUCCUGACGGUGCAUGGCUCGCAGAACGUCCAAGAGCACAACCUUGACGACGUGACUAGACAGAUCAACCUCAUCGGCCAGCACAUUACCGAACAGGGCGGCAUCCGCGUCGCCAUCUACUUGCCCAACUCGAUGGAGCUGCUCGCUGCGUUGUUUGCCUGCGCCUUCAGCGAGAACUUGACGGCUGUUCUGAUCCCGUUCGACGUGCCCGAGGAGCGGCUCGUGUCGAUGCUGCGCCGCGCCGCCGUCGACACCGUCAUCACGGCCACGGGCGAGUUCCCGCUUGACGCCGUCGUCAAAGCCUACCCGGGCCUGCGCCAGCUCAUCUGGGUCGUGGAUCGCGGCAGCGCCCACAUGGACUGGAACGAGGUGCCCGAGGGUAUCGGUGGCAGCGUCAGCGUCGCCACCUGGCAGGACAUUGUGCGCGACGCGGCUGCCGACGCGGGGCGCGAGCUUCCCGCCGCACCGGCUGCGGAUUCGGAGGCCACCUCGGCGGUUGGUGACGUCGUCACGUUUUGGCAGAGCGGCAAGCCCAACGACCAGCAGCAGGAGAUGGUGCGCUUCACGCAGGCCAACCUCAUCGCUGGCGUCGCGGGCCAGCUCGCCGCCAUCCCGACCAAGGCGCGCCUCACCAACGCCGACCUCUUCCUGCCCGCCUCGGCACUGACCGGCGCCCACGCGCUCGUGCUCACCCUCGCCGCGCUGUACUCGAACGCGUCGGUCGCGCUCAACUCGGCUGCCGGCGCGCGCGCAAUCGACCUGACGGUGGCCACGCAGGGCAUCGCGCCAACCGUCGUAGUGGCCGACUCAGCCGCCCUUUUGCAGACGCGCGCGCGCGCGAUGGCCAAGCUCCCGUCGCCGCUCGGCACUCUGGCGCACGCACUCUCUCGUCGCACGCUCGUCAACGAAGGCAUCAUGGCCGGGGCCAACAACGCGCUGUCUGCGUUUGCGUCGGCGGCGAGACCGGUUCUGGGCAAUGCGCCGGGUGCGCUGCGCCUGGUCUAUACGACAGAUCGCGCGGGCAGCCAGCAGACGCCGGGCUUGUCGCCGGCGGCCCUGACGGACCUGCGCGUGCUGACGGGCGCCCGGGUCGUGUAUGCGCUCGCGGCGGCCAAGGUGGCAGGCGCGGUCGCGCAGACUGCAGUUUACGAUUACCGCGCCGAGGUGGGUGAUGAGAAGGGACACUUUGGCGCGCCGACAAGCAGCGUCGAGGUGGUCCUGAAGGAUUCGGGUAGCUAUAAGACGACGGACGACCAGGCCGCUGGCGAGAUUUACGUCAAGGGUCCUUGUGUUUCUGGGGGCGAGGCAGGCCUUGGUGUCAUGGGUGUUAUUCGUGAUGACCAUACUCUGGCGCUGGCAUAA